AUGACAAAUCAAAGUCUUCCAUCAAAAACUCAGCAUAAAUCUGAAUUAAUUACUACAUCACCUUCUAUGGUACAUAAAAAUCCUCCAGCUAAUUUAGCUUUCUCAAAGACUCAGCAUAAUGUUGAGUUGAUUCCUAAGCUGAAAUCUGAAUUUAAUGCAAAAAUGAAGGAAUUAGAAUGCUGAUAUAUAGCCAAUAGCAAUAAUUUAAAUACUAUAGAAAAUAAAAAAGUUGAGACAAUAGCAAAUAAAUUGAAGCUAAUUUCUGAAAUAUUUAAUAAAGAUUUUGAAGCAAAACAUUUUUUUGAAAUAAAAGACAAUCUGCUUCGAAUAUAUGGUACAGAGGUGUGAAAAUGGUCUUAUUUGAGCAUACCCAUUUCUAAAAAUUAUCUUUAUUACUCAGACCUACCCGUAUCUGAAAAUUAUCUUUAUGGCUUAGAUCUCAAUGAUACUUGGGUAGUAGAGCUUCCUAAUUCUGAAAUUUUUUGCCUCAAACAAAACAAUUUCGCAUGUAAAAUUGAUCUAAAAACUUGAAGAAUAAGCAAACUAUUUACUGCUUUCAGCGGAUUUGGCAGCUAUUCAUCACCGAUAUAUUAUAAAAAUUGCAUUUAUUUAUUUAGUAAUGAAUUUAGAGUCCCUUCUGGAUCUCGUUUAGAAAAAUAUGAUUUAAUUAAAGACAAGAAAGACAUUUUUAUUUGUCCAUUUAUAUCACAUUCGAAUUAUUUCAUGUACUGUUUAUAUCAAGAUUCUAUUUUAAUUUGAACUAUGAGAAGUACGAGAUUAUGCAAGUUUGAUUUUUUAAUUGAAAGCUACUCAGAAAAUCAGUUUUAUGCGUUUUACGGAAUCUGUUCAGGAUAUAUAAAAAUGCUAUUCAGUGUAAAUAAGAGAGUCUAUAUAGUGGACGAAAGAAAUCUAUUUUUCGAAAGCGAGAUUGAUAAUCACUAUAUUUGGAGUAAAAUUUGUGAAUUUAAUGAAUUUCCUUAUGAUGAAUCUAUCAAUCGUGAAGCUGCAAAAUGCUUUUAUUUUGCCAAUACGGAGCAAUAUUCAAUGGAAAUAUAUCAAUUUGAUUUAGACAAUAAGAAAAUCUAUAGGACAAAAAACAAUUGGUAUGGUAAUAUGGAUAUUAAAUGGUCAAAUUGAUAA